AUGGCAAGAACCGCAACGACGAAAACAGCCCCGGAGAUACCACCACCACCAUCACGACAAAGACGACGGUGGAAUAGAGAAAAAGAGCCGCAUCAAGACCUACAAAAAGACGUGAUUAGCAUACACUUCGACACCAUAAAACUCCCAUUAGCAUUUACCUACCUUGAUAGCAUACAUGUCCCCUGA